CAUCCAUCCACCUCUGGAGUCUUGAUAAGUGCACCCAUCUCAUCUCAUCUCCUACUAGGCCAAAGCCAAACCAACCCAAACCCAAAAGGCCAAAAGCCAAUCAAGGCAACAAUGCGCAAAUAUGCAAAGUGUAAAAACUGCACCACCAAUCUACUCCUAUUGUGCUUACUGGUUCCCAUAAAUAAAUGCCAUCCAUGAGGCAUAAAAGGCCAACCAAAACCAAGGAACCAACACCCCAAAGCCCCCCUCCUUUAAUUUGCACCCUCCCCAAAUCUCCAUUGCUCCCUCUCUCUCUCUCUCUCUCUCUCUCUCCUCCUUCUCCCCUUCUCUCUCUCUUUCUCUCUCAUCCAUCCAUGAGGAUCAGGAGGCGGCCUCAGUCCCUGCAGGCUCUCUCCUCCCUGCAUCCCUCCUCAGAUCCAUCCACUGCUCCCCAGCCUCCACCAAGAAACCAUGGACGUUACUGGCUCUCGGUAGACAAGGUGGAUGAGGAGGAGAAGAAGUCGGAGCGGUUGCACUUGCACCCAAAUGCGGAUCUUGCCGACGACGACUCGUCGGCGGCGAUGCGCGCGGCCGCGGCAUUGCCGUUGUUCCCGCAGGACAAUGCGGUUGUGGAAUGCAGCAAGAUCAGGCCCCGUGGUGGUGCACAGCAGGGAGCAGCAGAUGGUCACAGGAGCCUAGAGAAUGGCCAUUACAGCAAGCCUGAUCCGGCGAUCAGGAGUACUACAGGAGAGCGUCUCGUCAACGGCGUCGUCCGGGCAAUGCCAGUGGCCGCGAACGCGAAGGAAGAGACCAAGAACGACGGCGGCGGCGGCGGCGGAGCCAAGAAGCGGCGUGGCCCGGCGGUGCUGAUGGAGGGGUCACGUUGCAGCCGCGUGAACGGGCGCGGGUGGCGCUGCAGCCAGCCGACGCUGGUCGGCUACUCCCUCUGCGAGCACCACCUCGGCAAGGGCCGGAUGCGGAGCGUCACCGGCGGCCGCGGCGGCGCCGGCCAGCUCGGCCGCACCGAGCCGAGGAAGAACACCGCCGCCGCCGCUGUCGCCGCGGCGCCCAAGGCGGCGGCGGCGGUGGCUGAGCCGCCGGUCGUGCGGCCAUGCUAGACGACGCGAGAUCGAUCGAUCGGUUCAACUGCAAGAUUCUUUUGUUCUAUGGUGAUGGUGGUGCAUAUCAGGUGGUGGUGGUGGUGAAUCAUGAAUGUGAAUUCCAUGUUCCGUUUUCUGUGAAUUGCAAAUUCCAUGGCGUCUUCGUGGAAGAACUGGAAGAUCACACUGCAGAUGAUCUGCUCUUGACCAGAAUUUCCCGUGAUAGAUUCCAUUGAUCCC